AUGUCUGGUCGGCAAGGAGGCAAACUUAAACCUUUGAAGGCUGCGAAGAAAGAGAAAAAAGAGGCCGAUGAAGAUGAUCUUGCCUUCAAGGCCAAGCAGAAAGCCGAUGCCGAAGCUCUCAAGGCUGCACAGGCCAAAGCGGUCAAGGCUGGGCCAAUGGGUGGUGCUGGUAUCAAGAAGUGGGUCUGGCAAGAAGUAAGAAUGCAGGGAAUCGUAGUAGAGUUUUUGCCAUAUUGUACAUCACAAAGCAUUUGUCUCUUGCCUUCUUCACGCAUGUUGCCGGGUCUUCAACCGAACCCGAAUCCCCAGCAGCAGGGCCCUCCCCAACCUCAACUCCAACAAAACCAAAUACCUCCCCCUCCGUUUCAGAGCGGCCAGGACUGGAAUCUCUCAAGUGUUCUCCACUAUCUCCAAACUGAAUGGCGCAAGUAUGAACGCGACAGAAACGAGUGGGAAAUUGAGCGCGCUGAGAUGCGGGCUCGAAUUGCCCUCUUGGAAGGUGAACGUCGCUCGUUUGAGAAUGUCAAGCUCGACCUCAUGCGACGAAUAAAAAUGCUUGAAUAUGCGCUCCGUAUGGAACGUUCAAAGCAACUCACACAACCUCCAGCAACCUCUCAGCCGCCGCCAGCGAAAUUAGCUGCCAUCCAAGCACUUACCUCUCAAAAAGACGAGUCAAGUAGCCACAAAGAAGAUAGUAGUGGCAGCUCUCCUCGCAGCGAAGAUUCACCACUCCCAGAUGGGCGUGUCAAUGGUGUCGCUUCUGCUGUAGGGAGACCAAUGUCAUGGGGAGGCUCGAAUUGGCCUAAUGGACCGUUGGCUGGGACUGUAGCUGGAUUAGGGAAACCACCUCCAGGUCGCGACCCAAAAAGCCGAGCACGCAGUCGCGAUUACCUCAAACAAUGUCUUCAGGAAGUCUCGUAUCUUACUUCCCCCCAGGCCAUGAACCCGCUUCCGAACAGACCACUGCUCAAUAACGGCAAUAUGCCGCUCACUCUUCCCAAUGCGCCGUCGUUUGAACAGAUGGCUUUCAAUGGACGCCCCCGCAAGCAUUUACCCGACACUGGCAAAGAGUUUCCGAUGUUAAACGGAAAUAUGAACCUUAUGUCAGGUCCAUCCUCUGCCCCAGCUGCAGCUGGCCCACAAAUGCACAAUCUGGAAAGGAGUAACCCAAUCAAUCCUGGACUCUUACAGCUUCAACACAUGCAACAACCACCUCAACAAUCCUCACCCAACAUGUCUAUGAUGCAGCAAAACAUUGUGCCUUCACAAACGCCACCUCCUAAUUCGGACCGGGACAGAGACGGCGACGAACCCCGGCAACUCACGGCAAUUUUCCGGCCAGACGACGCUGGAGAAUGGAAAGAGAAGCUACGAUUGUCACACGAGGCGUCAGAGCAGGCUCGGUUUGCCCGAGAAAGUCAACAAGGUUGGGAUCGAAGAACUGAAGAUGACGACGGAAAAGAAGACGAAGGAGAACUCGAAGACGAUGAAACCAACGUCGUUACGGGCGAGGGCGAGGGCAGCAAAGUGUGGCGACCAAAGCGGACACUAAGAAACCAUUUGGACGCUGUUCGAGCCCUUGCUUUCCAUCCUCACGAGUUGUCGCUUGCAACUGGUGGAGAUGAUUGUACUGUUAAAAUUUGGCGGAUGGAUGUGGCUGGUGUCGCUUCCUCUGCAUCACGUCCAACAACGGAGAUUGAGCCUCAACUUACUCUCCGGGGCCAUUCAGCUGCUAUCACCCGGCUCAUCCAUGCUCCUUCCAAAGGACUGCUAUAUUCAGCCUCGCUUGACUCGUCAAUUCGUGUAUGGGCAUUGCCAGCGCCGUCACAUACAACUUACGCACCCUACGACGAGACUCGAGCCCGUGGUGAACUCAUUGGACACACCGAUGCUGUCUGGGAUCUAGCUCUCGUUCGUGACGAAAACACUCUGAUUAGCGGUGGCGCAGAGGGAGCCGUUAAGGUCUGGGAUGUCAGUGGUCUUUCUGGUGGCGGGUCACUGAAGCUCACAUGGGGAUGGGCUGGGCUGGAAACGUCUGAAGAUAUGCAUGACGAUUUGGAUGCUCCUGGUGCUACAGCGGUCGAGGCACUUAAAAGUGACCUUAAAAAGGUCGCUGUAGCUUAUCAGAACGCCGUCGUGAAGAUUUUCGACAUUGAGAAUGGCAAGGAGCUGACGCGGUUACCAACUGAUAUUAGUUAUGAUGGCACGCCAGCCACACAGAUCAACCGUAUUGUGUCGCACCCCACCAUGUCUCUGCUCGUCACUGCCCAUGAAGACAAGUACAUUCGGAUAUUCGACAUUGUCACAGGACAAUGCACGCAUUCAAUGUUGGCUCAUUUGGAUGGUGUUACCUCGCUUUCCAUUGACCCCGCUGGCUUCUCGUUGGUAUCCGGCAGCCAUGACUGCUCUGUCCGGUUCUGGGACUUGCUGGAUUCCCAUCAAUGCGUGCAAGAGGUUACCACACAUCGAGAAAAGGCGCGUGAAGGCGUGUUAGACACCGAGUUCCACCCUUCGCUUCCGUUCAUGGCUAGCGCUGGUGCCGAUGGUGUGGUGAAGCUAUAUGCUUCUUCGUAG